ACUCGUCGAAAUGGACGACACGCAACUACGAUACAUGAAAUUCACGAGAAGACUGAUGCGUAUUGUUGGACAAUGGCCGCAUCAAACUAAUAUGGAAAAGAUAUUGGUUUCGUUUGUAUAUUUGCCAUUUGUUAUUGCACAAGCUGUUUUACAGGGUGGCGGUAUGAUAGCGGCAUGGAAUUAUGACAGUGAUAUUGCAUUGGAAAAUUUCGCGCCUUUCCUGGUCAGCUUGAUGAUAGUCGUGAAGAUCGUUAACUUUAUUUUCAACAGUGCUAAGAUGAAAAAGCUUUUGGUGACGAUGCAAGACGACUGGAGAAUGGCCAUGAAGAAGGACGAGGAGAUUCGUAUUCUUCACGAUUAUUAUUCCAUUGGAACGUUGUUGAGCAAAGGUUAUGCAGUAUGUGUCUAUGGAUCGAUGAUGCCAUUUUUAAUGGUCCCAGUGUUAACACUGUCAUCACGAUUUUUGGGCCUUGCUGGAAACGAAACGGAACAGUAUCCUUUGAUAUUUCAUGCGGAAUACUUCAUAAGCAUGGAAAAGUAUUAUUAUUUCGUAUUAAUACAUUCUUACUUUGGUACUAUUGGAUUUUGUGCUGCUGUUGUUGGUAUCGACUCGAUGUUCGUAUUUUACGUGCAACAUAUUUGCGGUAUCAUAACGAUAUUAGGUAAUCGUUUGGAAAAUGUUGUCAAGGACGGUGACAUGAACGUCGACAUUUAUCCAAACAAAAUGAAUGACAAAACUUGUAAACUCGCUGGAGAUUGCGUUAAACUACAUAAUCACAUUUUACAAUAUUCACAAAUGAUCGAGUCAGCAAAUACAGUAUCCUUCUUUGUACAACUUGGAUUGAACAUGGUUUGCAUUAGCUUUACGGGAUUUCAGGCUGUAAUGCAUUUGAAUAAACCGGAUGAAGCAUUCAGAUAUGGCUCAUUUGCCAUCGCACAAACUUGUCACUUGUUAUUCGAAAGUUUGCCAGCUCAACAAUUGUACGAUCAUAGCAUAAGAGUAUGCGAAUAUGCAGCAAGUGGUAAUUGGUAUCGUGCUUCGUUAAGAACGAGAAAAAUUUUUAAUCUCAUGAUACUUAGAAGCCAAACACCCAUUCAAUUAACCGCUGGCAAAUUUUAUACACUGAAUUUGGAGAACUUUAGUGCGGUGGUACGUACUUCGUUUUCCUAUUUCACGGUUCUCUGUUCAAUGCGAUGAUCUAUAAAGCUGAAUCAAAUGAUUCGAACUCAUUCUCGAGUCAUGGAUCACAUAGGAUCAAUAACGAAUUACCUCAAUGAAGAAACAUAUCUUAGUUUAAAAUGAUCUAUCGUUAAUAUAUAUAUAUAUAUAUGUAUGUAUAUAUGUGUAUAUAUAUAUAUGUAUGUAUAUAUGUAUGUAUAUUCGAUCGAUAAUUAUCAAUGUGAUUUCUCUAAAAUUAUUAGUAUUCUAUUUGCAGCUUUUUAAUGUAGAAGUCACGAUAGCGAUCAUUAUUGGCUUGUUGAACGCGUGCCUAUGCUACCAUAUGGCUAUCUCGUAGCUAAUUCGUUUAUAAAGAUCGACGACAGAUUGCUGAAAUUUGAAAAAGAGAGGGAGAGAGAGAGAGAGAGAGAGAUCUAUCAUAGAAAAGUUCUGCUCUAAUUGAAUCGAAAAUGAAAAGGAGCCAACUCGAUGAAAGGUCCCUUAACGACCUUCCACGAUGAUCAUGAUUUCUUCUCAUGGUGGAAUCAAUGAAAAUUCAUUUUCCAACGUACCCCUGCUUCAUUUUCUAAUACUAUAUUUCAAAAUCCAUUAAAUAUGAAAUCUAAUUAAAAUAGAAAUUUUUUUAUAAAUAAAUAUUUAUAUCACGUUGAUUUGAUUGACAAUCAUAAAUAUGAAUUUAAACAAAUUUCUAGAAAUAUUGAAUGUUAAUAUAGUCGAAUUAGUUUUUAUAAUAUAUAAAAAUAAUUUUAUCCCAUAGAUCUGUAAUAAUAUCGUGGAAUGA